CGGCCUUUAUUUCCUGUGGAAAUCGGUUGACUAAACUUGUUCUAUUUCGGCUUGGACUUUAUCUUGUCUUCGCAAGACCAAGAGCAUUUAUUUUUUUAUAUUAGCGCAUCCGCUUCAAUUACAGGAGCGUUGUGUUGUCGCAACACCUCGAAACAAACAGCUGCCCUGACCAGUUCUUGCCGUAUUAAGUCUAAGCACUUGUAAAAACUCUCUACAUCUUCUACCACACUGGACGGUCGUGUACGCAUCCCAUCGAUACGCACUUGCAUUUGCAAUUGCAACCAAUCUAAAGAAUCAACCCACUUUCUGCAAAGGAGCCCAGUUUAUUUUACCUUAAACGUCCGAGUCUUCAGAAUCAGAUCUUCAUUUUGUACCAAAAAAAUGACGAUGAUUUCUGUGCGGUUGCUGUCGUUGGUGUCGAUCUAUUCGUUUCUGCAGCGCUCGUAUGGCGCGGCUUGGAAGGUCCCCUCCGACAAAUCCUCGAUGCCAGCUGCAGCUUACCAGGUGGAACAUCAUCGUCCAGCUCCAGCUGCACCGUACCCCGUCGAUCAGCCGCAGGAGACAAUGAGCAAUCUCGGGGAAUCCGCGCCUCAGAAGUAUGGCUCUCACAUUCUACUGCCCCCCCGAGGAGUGUCUGCCGGGAGGAAAGCGUACCUGAGAUGGAAAGAAACUGCGGUCUUUCGCAGGGAAGAGGCACUGCGAUCAGUAAUCCGGAAAGGCUUCGAAGCCUAUACUACAGCAGUCUGGCUGAAACAUUUGCAGUUUCCAUAUCCCGCGACGGAUUCUGUGGCGGUCAAGAAGGUGUACAAGGAGGCCGGCAGCGCCCUGCUCGAAACUUUGUUAAAACACCCAGCGUGGGGUGCGCUUGCCAACACCGAGGCUGGUGCUGUCAACAAGGGCAGUGAGGUGCCCGCCGCCCUGGAGAAAGCUUUGAAAGAACCCCUGGACGAAAUAAAAGAAAAUGUGGAAGCGGCAGCCACGCAAAGGUACAAUGACAAGGCCGCGAAGCAUAAGAAUUCCGUGGAGUAUGACUAUGACAAGUCCAAGGAGUUGUAUGACAAGUCCGCGAAAGAUUUUUUCAUCCACUGCAAAGCCUUGGUCGAUGCCAUCGUGGUCAACUCUACCUCUACCUGGCGCAGCGCCGUGAAGCGCAAUGCGAUUCAUCAGAAAGAUUGCGUGGGAGCUUGGCUCGCGAUGAGUUUUGAUUUGCCAGACGGAUGGAGGAGAAUGGUCUGAUCCUGAUGGCGAGACGUGAGUUACCAUGCGGCGAUCAAGCGGGAUCAUGAUUUUCAAGAAGCACGCGAGAUUUUACUGAAAUAACGAGAUCUACUUGACAAAGACAAGCUCAAGCUAAAGAUGAGCGUCGUUGAGGUUAUAGUAUGGAACUUUCUCAAGCUAGUAUUUGUACAAAUUAUCGGUCAACAUAAUUGCUUCGGCUAAUAUCUUCUUCAAAGGAGUCGCACCAUUCCUUCUACGUAGCCCCGAUUUGUUGAGAGGGGCCAGUAGAAAUAGAGAAGUGAUAGUAUUAGCAACACACGCACAUCCACGAUUUUUCGAAGAUCUCCGACAAGAAUUCCUUAAACGAGACCGGAGAGUGCGUUUUGAUUGAUUGAUCAUUGUAUACUAGUUUUGGAAACCUAAUUGUUUUGCGGAAGGUCAACAUCACUUUCUCUAGUUUUGGAAGCUAGUGCAAACACAACAGCUGUACGAGGGCGCACCACCAAGCACGCACGUACAGCAGAGCGGGCACAGGACUAGAUGCCUGCGUCUGUUUUUAAAAAACUCUCUCCUGUCGAGCUUUGUGCUUUUUACCUUUAAGGUAUACCAAAUACAAACUCAACAAAAAAGCACUUCAAAACUCACUGAAAAACCACUCUUCCACUCUUCUUUACAUUCAAACAAAAUCAAAAUUUCUAAAUAUUGAUUUCUAGCAAGAAGUACUCCUCGUCGGUAAAAGCAAAGCUUACGAAAAAAAGAGCUUAGUAGAAACUGACCGUAGAGAUCAAUACAACAAGAAACCAUGAUGGUGCGCGAUGUCCAUCAUGCAUGACAGACGAUGGCGAAGAAGAGAUGAAGGACAUGGAACGUGAACAAUGUACAACUACAAAAAGGUAUAGCCACAGUGGAUCUUCAUCUCCUACAUAGGAGUAAUAUAAUGUCCUGCAACCCGACGUCCAGAUGAAACACGGCGGCGAGGAUUUUUAGUGCAGCUGUGCUACUUGGAUCGUACUCGUUUGGGUCUUUUUCCUAUAGUUCGCGACAAGUGUUCCGCGCUUCCUUGUUCGUUGUUAAAUAGCA